AUGGCGGCCAGAGAUCCAUGUCCAAAGGGAUCGCAGUUUUACGCCUGUGACAGCAACAAAUUUAGGGGCUGUUGCUCAUCAGAUCCGUGCUCGCUGCCCAACUGUCCCCGUGGAGUGCCAGAACGAGAUGAGAACGACUUACCGCAGGCUGGAGCAUCUACAAAUGUUUCCUCCAAAGCAGAUGCUGCAAAGACUGACGUCCUCGACCCCGAUGACUCCAAAUCGACCACCAAGACCACCUCAGCACCGACCGAGACGAAGACUGAUUCUGGCAUCACACACACCAUUCCAAACUCGUCUAUUGUUACCAUAACAAAGCACACCGUCAUCUUUUCAGAGGCCCCUUCGCCAUCCACAGCCUCCCUCUCGGAGUCCAACACAGUGCCAGCUCCGGCAACGACCUGCUCAGGAUGCGACACGUCAACUCAAACGGUGGAUCCCGAAGACACAGAGGGUGGCGCAAGAAUUGCACCUGGUGCUAUUGCUGGAUUUGCGACUGGCGGUGUCGUGAUUCUGGCUCUCGUAGCGUAUGUCUGGAUAAUGGUUCGGCGACGGAAGAGAGCGGGCGCAAAUUCAGACAUGACUGGUGAUGAGGACGCAGCCGAAGGCUCUCGAGUCAAUGGGUAUGAAAAGGUGACGCCUCAUACUACAGGCACGGAAGAAAGUGCAGACCUGUUUGCGCCGUUUGGAGGGCGGGCUGAUCAACUUUACGAGCCAUAUCCGCCACAGAGCGGGACGUUUGAAAUGGACGGCUCAAGCCUGGCACCCGUGGAAUUGCCAGCUAUAAGCAUCUCUGAAGCUCCUGAUAACACGAUACCACCAACAAGGCAUACAAGCCCAACUUCAUCGGCUGUGAUUGAUCCCAGGGCCACACUUGCAUCGGGCCCUGGACAGCAGAAGCCACAAUAUGUGAAUCAGUGGAAUCAAUACAAAGCCAUGGCAGAGGAUAAGGAACAGACCAAGGAAUGA